UCAGCAUUCCUCGCGCGCAGCGGUCUGUCGUUCCGAGAUGCCGAACGGAGCGCAGGGCGCCAUAGAGAGCAGGAGCACGCGCACCGAUAUUUCUGAUCAGCUGAGGACGUCGGUCGUGAUGUGGAGAGGACAGGAUGUCUAUGAGGUGCCAUUUAUUCACCCACUGAGAGACUAAUAAAUGCUUUUCGAUGGAAAAUGUGGAGGAUUCUUGGAAGGAAAAUUCAGAGCCCUAUGACAACUUUGUGCAAUUGCUGCAUGAAGAGAGAGUAGCUCCAAAUUUUACACCAAAGCCAUUAGUAACUGACAAUUAAUAUCAAGCGGCACACAGAUGCAGCCUUGCGCUGUUUUGCCUGAAGCUCCAUUACUAAUGGCUCGGAUGCUACUUGAUGUUCAGCAACCAAAACACACAUAAAACGCUCCAUAAUGCCUUCAAAAGUCUCAUGUCUCUAUGUGCUGACAGUUGUUUGCUGGGCAAGUGCCCUGUGGUAUCUCAGCAUAUCCAGACCCACAACGUCAUUAGUUGGGCAGCUGUCUGCGCCCGCUCGCAAAACCGUUAAACCACAAAGAACCGCGAACACCACGUUUAACAACAUCCGGACCCGCCCGCUAAACCCCCACGCCUUCGACUUCAUCAUUAACGAGCCCAAGAAAUGUGAGACCAACGUGCCGUUCCUGGUGAUCCUCAUUAGCACAACACACAAGGAGUUUGAUGCUCGGCAAGCGAUUCGGGAAACGUGGGGCGACGAGAGCACGUUCAGCGACCUCCGCAUCAUCACGCUCUUCCUCCUUGGCCGCAGCACAGACGGCAUGCUGAAUCAGAUGGUGGAGCAAGAGAGUCAGAUUUUCCACGACAUCGUAGUGGAGGACUUUGUGGAUUCCUACCAUAACCUGACUCUAAAGACUCUGAUGGGAAUGCGCUGGGUGGCCACCUUCUGCAACCAGGCCAAGUACGUGAUGAAGACGGACAGUGACAUUUUCGUCAACAUGGACAACCUGGUGUACAAGUUGCUAAAACCGGACACCAAGCCCAGACGGAGGUAUUUCACCGGCUACGUCAUAAAUGGCUCACCUAUUCGGGAUAUGCGCAGUAAGUGGUACAUGCCCAGAGACCUGUACCCAGAAAGCAAGUACCCACCGUUCUGCUCCGGCACCGGCUACGUCUUCUCAGCGGACGUGGCCGAGCUGAUCUAUAAGACUUCUCUUCACACCCGUCUGCUUCAUCUGGAGGACGUUUACGUAGGCGUUUGCUUACGGAAGCUCGGCAUUCACCCGUAUCAGAACAGUGGCUUCAAUCACUGGAAAAUGGCUUACAGCCUCUGCAGGUACCGUCGAGUCAUCACAGUGCACCAAAUCUCUCCUGAAGAGAUUCACCGCAUCUGGAACGACAUGUCCAGCAAGAAACACCUCAAAUGUUAGUAACUCCUGAGGGGACACUCUAUCUGCUUCAAUUUUUUUAUACAUAAAAAGAACCUAUACAAAGUUCUCCUUAACCCCCAAAACGCCCCAAGAACAGCCUGUGACGCCUUGAGCCACUCGAUGAAGGUCAGAUCAAGAUCAUCCAAGAGUGAAGAAUAUGCUACUGUUGAUGUGCAAAUGUGAAGUACACUGAUAAAUAUAUUGACAGCGUGAGUGUUCUUGCUGUGCCGGUCGAAAUGCAUCAGCAGAGGGUGCGUUGUGCUUUGUUUCAGUACCUUAAAGGCUAAUUCAUGCAUAAACAAUCUUCUGCACUGUAGUAAUUCAGCUCAUCAGCUCAACAAAGGUGCACUCUGAGUUAGAUAAAACCAAACAUGAAUGUCCUUGAUGUUAGUUCCUUCCACUCUGCACAUCAUUUUGUUGGAUGUAAUUAAAGUGUUGAUGUAAUCAGCACUAAUGACGAGUGUUAAAACUAAUAAUGUUUAAAAAAGAUAUAUAAUAUAUAUAUAUAUAUAUAUAUUCUAACAGAUGCUUUUGUUUCAUGUGGAAACGCCUGAGUUCUGUUUGUUUACAUGUUGGUGUGUUUAAAGGAAAAUGAUUCUUUUCUGGGUAAAAAAUGUAAAGAUGUAUAUUUCAUUAUUUAUAAUAACAGUUACAACAAGAUUUUAUUUAUUUCCGUAGUCGAUGCUUAGCUACUAUCCUUACUUCAGAUCCAGCUGGCUCAUCUUUGUAUUAUUGCUGCACAUGCAUAUUAUAUAUUGAUUACUUACCACUUAGUACUAAGUAUCCUAUAAAGCGCAUUUACUGUACUUGGUAAAAGGCACUGUAAAGACGUUCCUUGGAGGAAUGUUUAUCAUGUAUAUGUUACAUAUUCAUCUAAAAGAAAGAACUUUAUUGAAAAUGACUGGACAGUGGAAACUUUAUAUUUUCUAAAAACUUAAUUGUGGGGGCCAAAACUUAAUUUUCCUGUGUUUAUUUUUUUAUUCACUCAUAAUAUUGAACAAUUUGUGACAUUUAAUUGUGAAAAGCAUAAAUACUGGGAAAGCUGUCCCCAUGGGAGGUUGUUGUAUUGUUGUAUUAUACUGUGGAUUUUUUUUAACAUAAAAAAAUGCAAACAUA